AUGGAUGAUGAGGCUGGGGGUCUCCAUUCUCUGGAAAACCUGAUGGGAGGUCUUAAAAAUCAUGACAGCGGAGUUGGGAGCAUUUCCUCCCAGUUGGACCUGAACUUGGAGUGCGAAGAGAAGGAUCUAGUUGUCAUCGUCCGCGUGGGUACCAAGGACUUAGCUGUGGGCAUUUAUUUUUACAUUUUACAAGAGGAGGUUAAAAUCAUUAACACCUGUGUCGAGAGGAGCUGGGGACGAAUUAGAAACGGCAAAGAGUCAGCCUCACGGUCAGGGGCAAUGGUAUUCAGUUGUGGAGUGAAUGAUGACCCAGCAAAGCACAAUGUCCUGGAGCUUGCUUGCCACUACGGUGCUGACAGUGUUCAUCCUACCUGUCCUUCUCUUCCAGGUGGAGUCCAGUCUGGAAGUCUGUGGGACCUCAUUAGACCAGUGAAAGGAGAUGAAACAAUAACUCUGAAAUCACAUGAGGCUACAGAUUUCCUGCGAACACCUCUCACACGGAACAGACGCCACAUCAAGUGGUACCAACAAAAUCCUGACUUCCAGGCGUAUUACAAGUAUUAUCAGAAAAUUGGUCACAAUGAAGGGCUGUAUGAAAUUGAUCGGAUUCGGUUAACCUAUCUGCAAAUGAGACAUCUGGAAAAUGUCUACGGAAAGAAUGCUCCAUACUACCAGUACACUAUUGGCCUACCGCCAAUACUUGGGACCGUCAAAGGGGUAUCCACACCCUCCUGUGACCCCAAAACAGAUAAGAACUGUAAGUCCCAGCCUCCAGCCCCUAAGGUCCCCGUGCCUAAGUCUCCAGUUGCACCCGUAAAGGCUCAACAUCAAGGUCAACCUCAGCUGUCUUGCAACCCUCAUGAUCCAUCAUGUCUUCUGCAGUACUUCUACAGCUUUAUGGCAAACGUUCAGUCAGGCUCUGACUGCGAUCCCAAAGCUGAUCCCAAAUGCUCACGGGGAGCAAGAGCACUGCCCUGUGACCCCAAGUAUGAUCAGGCCUGCAAUCCUUCCAAAUCUAUGGCAAUACCCUACAAAUCCAUGCACUGUGACCCUAUGUACAAUCCGAAUUGCAACAAAGAGGAAGAGAACAGAGAAAACCACCAAUCAACACCUGGCCCAAGCCAAUCUGAGCUUCCCGAGGAUGAAGGACAAUCUGAGGAAGGUGAUGAAAUUGACUAUGAUCCACAUGACCCUGGUUACUAUGGAUACCGUGGUUCAUACUAUGAUCACAAUAAUCCACACGGUGCCUCUCCAUUUGUGAAUCCACACGGUGCCUCACCAUAUGGGAAUCCACACGGUGCCUCACCAUACGGGAAUCCACACGAGCACUCACCAUACGGGAAUCCACACGGUGCCUCUCCAUAUGGGAAUCCACACAGUGCCUCACCAUAUGGGAAUCCACACAGUGCCUCACCAUACGGGAAUCCACACGAAGACUCACCAUACGGGAAUCCACACGGUGCCUCUCCUUAUGGGAAUCCACACGAAGACUCUCCAUACGGGAAUCCACACGAAGACUCUCCAUAUGGGAAUCCACACGGUGCCUCUCCAUAUGGGAAUCCAUACGGUGCCUCUCCAUAUGGGAAUCCACACGAAGACUCACCAUAUGGGAAUCCAUACGGUGCCUCUCCAUACGGCAAUCCACACGAAAACUCGCCAUAUGGGAAUCCACACGAAGACUCGCCAUAUGGGAAUCCAGACGAAGACUCGCCAUAUGGGAAUCCAGACGAAGACUCGCCAUAUGGGAAUCCAGACGAAGACUCACCAUAUGGGAAUCCAGAUGAAGACUCACCAUAUGGGAAUCCAUAUGGUGCCUCGCCAUAUGGGAACCCACACGCUGCCUCGCCAUAUAGAAAUCCAUAUGGUGCCUCGCCAUAUGGAAAUCCAUACGGUGCCUCGCCAUAUCCAUCUCCUUACGGCUCCCCAUAUGAAUCUCCUUAUAACUCACCAUAUGCAUCUCCUUAUGACCCUCAUUAUGGUCACGAAGAUGAAGAUGAAGAUGAGGAAGAAGAUGAGGAGGAUGACGAGUAUUAACUAUGCUAAUGUUACUGUCCUCCAAGACAACAGGACAAGGGACCACAAAUGCAAUCUCUCCCUCUUAUGCUUCUCUCGGGUGUGGGAGUAUUAUUAUUUUGAUCAGAAAUGGGCUCAUGUUGUGAUUUACAAAGAAAUCCAGGAGGUUGUGAAAAACUAGGCAUGGAGCCUGGGUUUAAACGCCUAGCCUUUUUGUAAUGCCCCACCUGGAAGCAGCAGUAUCGGACUCUCUGGCCUUCUACACAUUAUUCAGAACAGUCUUAAACAUGGCUACAAAGCAGAAACAUAUAAUCUGCUUAUUGUCUUCA